UGUCUACUCACGUAGCUUCCUGGAAGCAUCAGUUUCUUCCUCCUCACGCACUCACUCCCAACUCACAAAUCUCCUCCAUUCUUUCUUUCUUUUUUUUUCUUUUUUUUUUAAUUUAAUAAAAUUAUAUAUAUACGCACACAUGUUUUCCUCUCAGUUCAUCCCAUCGCCAUUAAUGUAUUUCAUAUAAUUCAUCUCUCUGCUCCAUUUAUUAAGCUACUUUACACACACACCCACCCACCCACAUGUCUAUCAGCAGCAGCAGCAGUGAUCAGUGGAGGGCCCAAUUCUACACCCACGGCGGCGCGCCUUCCUCUACCACUGUCCCACGCGACGCUCCCAAUAAUAACUCCAUUUCCAAGCCCAGACGCCGCUCCAGGGCUUCGCGGAAGGCGCCGACCACGCUGCUCAACGCCAGCACCGCCAAUUUCAGGGACUUGGUGCAGCAGUUCACGGGGUUUCAUGCCGCAGGCGCCGUCGUGCCUUUCGGCAGCCACAGGGGUCCGGUCAACCUCAGCUUCGGGCAGGCUGGAGAUGAGUUCCAUAACAACCACCCCUCCGUGAUGCUCCCUUUCUCCGAUGGGCGCCAUUUUCAGCUCCGCGAGACGCCGAGGGAGCACGGGGUUCCCAUCCCGCAGGGGAAUCGUGGGCUUUCAGGGGCGACGGCGGAACUCAUGGAAAUUCAAAAUCUGAUUGAUGAGGAUUUGAAUUACGAUCUGGAGGAAUUGGGUAUGGAGUUCUGUUGUUCCAAUGGGAAUGGGUACCUCGGUUGAACAGAUAAGAUUAAUUAAGCAAUUAAAUUCAAUUUAAAAUCCAAAUUGUUGUAAUAGUACGAACGAGAAGAAGAGAUUAGGGGUAGACCAAAUCAGUAGCUUUGCUGCAUGCUCCCUCUUAAAAUUUAUUUUAUUUAAUCAUCUCUUUUGUUUAUUUGUUUGUUUCUUUCUGUGAGUCGAUUAUGGUAAACAUCAAACCAAAAUUUAUGUUU